AUGCUGUGUGGGUUAUUAUGCGUUGGCCAAGUACGUAUUUGCAAAACACAACCUACAUUCCAAAAAACGACACUAGGUUGGAUAAUAUCGGGAGCAGUUAAUCCCGCUUCACAGCAGCAGAACGCCUUGCGGUGUCAUUUCGCUCAGCAGGCGGCGGUGCAGGAGCAACUUGAAAAAUUUUGGCACAUUGAGGAGCUCCAGCCAAAACAUCAUCUCACUCAGGAAGAACAAACAUGCGAAGAACACUUCUGCAAAACGCAUUCACGUCAAGAAGAUGGAAGAUUCAUCGUGCAGCUUCCGCUAAAGGAUAAUUACACUGAACUGGGCGAUUCCUACGAUACCGCUAAAAGAAGAUUAGCAGCCUUGGAGAGAAGGUUAUCAAGGCAGCCACAAUUAAAACUGCAAUACGGAUCUUUUCUGCAAGAAUAUAACGAAUUAGGACAUAUGAAGCUCAUUUCCGAGGAGGAAAAACAAGACGCAAGAAGCAACGAUACAAUCUAUUAUCUGCCGCACCAUGCUGUCAUAAAGGAAGAUAGCGACACUACACGGCUGCGAGUCGUCUUCGAUGCGUCAGCCAAAACGAGCUCAGGCCUAUCCUUGAAUGACGUUCAGCUAGUAGGACCCACGAUUCAGCAAGACUUAUUUAGUAUCAUUCUUCGUUUUCGUCAACACACAUAUGCAGUCUCUGCGGACAUCUCAAAAAUGUAUCGCCAGAUAAGAGUGAGGGAAAACCAAUGCAAACUGCAACGUAUCUUGUGGCGCUUCAACCAGGAGGAAAAAAUCAAAACGUACGAACUUCAAACAGUCACAUAUGGUGAAGCUUGCUCUGCGUUUUUGGCCAUUCGCUCACUUCAUCAGGCCGCGCGGGACUUGCAACAUCGUUUCCCUAAGGCUUCCGAGAUUAUUAUUCGUGACUUUUAUGUGGACGACCUUUUAACGGGUAGCAACGACAUCAAGCUUCUCUCUCGCUUGAAAGAAGAGAUCAUCAUUAUUCUUGGAACGGCCAAAUUCGAGCUGCACAAGUGGAAAUCUAAUCACCCUGCAUUGAUGAGUGCUGACGGCCACGCGCCGACGGCGGUGCAGAUAGGCGAAGGUACGAAGAUCCUCGGACAAUCUUGGGACACCAAACUCGAUACAUUUCGCUACACCACUGGCGCGGCGGACCGGGCGCAAAGGCCUACGAAAAGACAAGUUUUGUCUUCUAUUGCUCAAGUGUUUGAUCCGCUCGGCCUAUUGGGGCCCGUUAUCACUCGAGCUAAAGUGAUCAUGCAACAACUGUGGCAAAUUCAGCUAGACUGGGAUGAAUCAUUGCCUGCUCAAAUCCACACCCAAUGGUCUCGGUGGUAUCGGGAAAUCCCGAAGCUAAAUUAUCUGCAGAUACCUCGUCGCAUUUUGUGUGAUGAACCAAGGAGCAUAGAGCUACACGGCUUCUGCGACGCCUCGGAGCAAGCAUACGGCGCUUGCCUUUAUUUCAGAACUACCGAUGUGAACCAACAACAUCAUAUCAGGCUGCUGUGUUCGAAAUCACGUGUCGCUCCUUUAAAAAUUCUAACCUUGCCCAGGCUCGAGCUGUGUGGUGCUCUGCUGUUAUCCAGACUAUAUCAACAAGCAAUUGAUUCGCUAAAUGUAUCAUUAGACAGCCCCCAGCCAGUGGUCAACCUUUGUUGCCAAUCGGAAAUUCAGAAGCUAACAGUCAAAGGGAAAUGGCAUCACGUUCGCUCUGAGCUCAACCCAGCUGAUAUUGUGUCUCGAGGACUAAAUCCCGACGAGAUCCAAAAUUGCCCGCUUUGGUGGAAGGGGCCUUCAUUUUUGCAAGAAGACUAUUCCAGCAUUUUAAAUGAUUCGAUACGGUUGCUUCCGCCAAAGGAAUUACCGGAGGUGAAGCGGCAAACUAUCGCGCUGUCCGCAGCAUUAGAGGAGGAUUUAAAUCUCAUCAACAAAUUUUCUUCCUUAAGUCGAUUAAAGCGAGUAACCGCUUAUUGUUAUCGUUUCGCUCACAAUGCGAAACGAGGGGGUAAAAAUCACCAAGGCGAAAUUCAAGGACCUUUGCAAGUCGCAGAACUUGAGCGCAGCUUGCGAACCCUCAUCAUCCUAGCUCAACGCAACGCCUAUGCAGAGGAAAUCAAGAACCUUGCCAGAAAAGGAGAAUUGUCGACCAAAAGCCAGAUACUUUCCCUUCGUCCAUUUUUGGAUACGCAUGGCCUUUUGCGAGUCGGAGGACGCCUGCACGAAGCUCCGUUGGACUACGACCAAAAGCACCCCAUAAUACUACCAAGAAAUCAUCAUCUCACAUCCUUGAUCAUAAGGGAAGCACACUUGAAGAACCUACACAUCGGAGCUCAAGCCCUCUUAGCAAUGAUUCGUCUUCGUUUCUGGCCCGUAUCGGGGAAAAAUGCCAUAAGGAAAGUGCUACACAAGUGCCUCGUCUGCACUCGAGCGCGCGCCAUAUCCGUCGAGCAAUUGAUGGGAAAUUUGCCUGCAUCACGCGUGACGCCCUCGCCCCCUUUUGCUAAAACGGGUGUGGACUACGCCGGUCCUUUUAAUAUAAAAAUAAGCCGCAACAAAACCGGCAAGGCCUAUUUAUGUGUAUUCGUGUGCUUUGUAACUAAGGCCUUACACUUAGAAGUUGUUUCAGAUCUCAGUACUGCUGCUUUUUUGAAUGCUCUGAGGAGAUUCAUAGCUAGGCGCGGGAAAUGCGUCGCAAUUUACUCUGACCACGGAACAAAUUUCGUGGGUGCCAACAAUUCCUUAAAGGAAAUGCACCAAUUAGUCAAAGAAAGCAGCUCAAAAAUUCAUGAUUAUCUCUCAGAGCAAUCAAUUAGCUGGAAUUUUAUUCCUCCGCAAUCACCGCACAUGGGAGGUCUCUGGGAGUCCGCGGUCAAGUCGUGCAAAAACCAUUUAACCAAAGUCGCAGGUCUGACUUCGUUGACCUUUGAAGAACUCACGACUGUCGUAACUCAGGUAGAGGCCAUAUUGAAUUCCAGGCCUUUAACACCCAUGUCCGCGGACCCCACAGACCUCAAUGCUUUGACUCCCGGUCAUUUUUUGAUCGGCCGGUCACUCGCCUCUAUUGUUGAACCUGAUGUGUUAGACAUUAAGAUGAAUUGUUUGAAUCGCUAUCAGGUUUUGGAGCAGAUGCGCCAGAGCUUCUGGAAGCGAUGGUCGACUGAAUAUUUGACACAGCUUCAGCAUCGCACCAAGUGGAAAGAAGUUCAAGCUAUUGUAAGGAAAGGGACUAUGGUUGUUUUGCGUGAGCAAGGUACUCCGCCUUUGAAUUGGCGACUCGGGAGAAUAACAGAAGUGCAUCCUGGCAAGGAUGGUCUAGUACGAGUCGUAGAAGUAAAAACUACCACAGGCAUAUAUCAAAGGCCCUUAUCCAAAAUCUGCAUUUUACCUGUUGAAAUUUAA